CAACAGAGGGAAUCGUUCGCUAGAUUCAAAGAAUCAUUGGACUAAAUUUACGACUGCAUGAUGGGAGGCGUUUAUUAGAGUGAAAUAAAAACCUCACAAGACACUAUAUUCGCUAUUUACACCAAGUACGUAAGAAAAAUAAAAAAUAUGGCAAAAUGAGAGCAAGUCGAUUUUCAAAGAAAAUUUUAUUUUGUAAAAAUAUUAAAUACCCUGCGAGUCAUAGAUUUGGAAACAGUAACAAAGAAUUUUUCAACCAUGGAAAUAAGGUAUGUACAGUGGAGAUUAAGAGAUUUAGAUCUUAGACGUUUUAAUAAUUAUCUUGCUGCCCUUGCAAAUGCCAAAUAUCUUGCAUGAUUUUCUCAAAAUCGCACAUGGUAUAAUAGACCAUAAAUAUCUAGAUUACGGUCAAAGCGAGGCUUCAUGUAAAGAUCUAAUGUUUCUAUAAUUUAACACAAGAUCUUGACUUGGCACUAUUGUUCUUGAUGACAUGACCAACUGCUGCUUGGCAUUGCUAGCUGGGGGGAGGGUGUGGAGGAGGGGUGGCUCAGCUAUGAUCUCUAGAACUGUACUUUUGCACCUGCCAAAGUCAACAUAUCCUGGCUACGCCAUUGACUGACUGAAUAACCAAAAUAUUUUAGGUAUCUACAAACGAUGGCUUGAAACAUUACAGUACAAAAGAGCAAGAAAGUAAAAGUCUUAAAACAACAUACAAUUCAAGUUACAAAUAUGGAGCACCUCAUCCUGAAUCAAAUAUUCCAAGUAUAGAGUUUAAUGUAAGGCAGAAUGAGACGAAAAAGGUAGGUAGGAGCUUUUCAAUAUUGAACUUGUCAAUUAAUAAUGGCUAGCCUCCUAACCAGUUAUGUUAAAGGGUAUGAAAUUCUGCCAUGAAUUCCAACCUUACAGUAACAAUACAAUGUGAGACAUGAGGUUAUUACAUGUACCAAAUGAUGUCAGCAAUUUUUAUUUAGGAGAAAACAUUUCGUCAACAUAAACAAGAUCUAAUGUCAUGGCAUCACACAUUUUGGCUGCAGCAAAAUGAAAAAUUUAAUAAGGUUUGUAGUCUGGAUUUAAAUAAUUAUUUAACACAUUGAGCACCAGCACUCUCAUCUGGUGUUAGACAGAAUGAAUUAAUGAAAUAAUAAAGUAGGGUACAUUGGGGUUGCAAAUGUGCAAUCUAACUCGGUCGGUCAUCUGCCAUUUAUAAGUAAUUUACAUCUACCCAUGGACAGAUUUUGUGGGGGGGGGGUGUAGGGGGUGCCCCCCACCCAAUAUUAGCUAUAACCCCCAAACAAAAUGUCCACCCCUCCAAAAAAAAAUUCAACCCCCCCCCCCAAUAUUCGGCAUAAUAAAAAAAUAAUUAAAUAGUCCACUCCAACGUGCAGAGUGUUGAUGAUACAAAAUAAACGUAGGAGUACACUCAAAUAGAAAAAUUCUGGCACUAGAAAAUUUCUGGUACCACCCCAGUAAAAAAUAUGAAAAUCCGUCUAUGCAUCUACCUAAUAUUUUUUUCUGGAAAUAUUCUGACCUGUAGGAAAAGAAGGAAUAUUUGGAAAAAAGAGAAUGUGAAAAUACGAUAAAAGAUGGCAAGUAUUCCCUUCAUUUACAUCUAAAGAUGAACAAUUGCAAAUAAAAGAAGUAAUUCUAUUUUCAUGUGAAACUACUUAUGAUCUCUUUGCUAGGAAAAGAACGAGCUGAUGAAUUGUCAUUGUUCUAUAGAGAAUUUCUUGAUAAAAAUUUUUCUGUGCAUUUUAAAUACCAAAGGUUUGUGUAGUACGGUACCUAUAUUAAUACUGUUCAUUAUGUGUUGGCACACUUUACUGAGAAUUAUCUAGCAUUCAGGACUAGUGAAAUUUAUUUAUUUUUUGAAGGGAAUGGUACAAGAGGAAUUUUCUGCUGGUCUGGCAUGGUCUUCAAGUUGAUGUAGAAAGGUUGGGGAAAAGGUUGAUGGUCAAAAUAACCAGGUCAAAAAGUAGUUCCUAAGGGAGGUUAAACAUCAUUAAUAUCUGGACAAACAAUUCUGUAUCUUUCUCUAUGACAAUCACUAACAUUUUAUACAUUUCCAACUACCCUCAUUGCACCUAUAAAUGAUUGAACAGCUCCAACUAAAAACAUUGUCUAUUCUUACAUGAAAUUGUCAUGUUUGUCAGUGUUUGGGUUUGAUCAGUCAAUCACACUGAUUGGAUAACUUAAUAUAGACCCUUUUGGAAAGUACUUCACUUUGGCUAUAGAGCCUGGCUUCAAUUUAAUUUACUCUCACAUAUACAAAAACAAGGCUUUGUAGUCAAAAUGACAAUACUUUCUGGAAGAGUGCAUUAAAACUUUCACAUGAGAAUAGACAAUAUUUUUAUCUAUGAUUGUCCAGGGUCUGAAAUUUGCAGUAUCCAGAUAUCCACAGGAUACUAAAAUUUGGUUUUGAAUACCAAACUGUGAAUGACUUAUAUCCCAACUGGACACUAAGAAAAUUUCAAACAGGAAAAUGUUAAGCACCUCUGACAUGCAGUCUCCUGAUAAUUUUAGAAUACUUUUUCUAUGAGUUUGCCACCCAAGCCUUUCCUAAUAUUAUGUGCAUUUUUGUGUAUUAAUUAAUUAAUUGUCUAGUUGAGUAGUUGUUGACUGUUGAAUCUCUUGUUGUUAUUGUAAUUUGUAACAAUGACAGUUGUUGGAUGAGACAGGGUAUAAUAUACCUAUGGUUACCAGUAUCCAGAAGUGGGAUACUGGAUCCUCAGGGGGGGGGGGAUACUAAACUUCACAUCCUGGUAUAUCCCAGUUGGAUACUGAGAAGAAAUUUAAAUUUCAGACCCUGGAUUGUUCAUCUUUAAUACAAACAAACAACAGUAGUUUGAUGGACUGUCAGAUUCAAAAAGACUUUAAUUUAAACAGCUUUACAGGUAUUUCUAAAUAACAACACCAUUGUAUGUAACACCUGUUUUACAUACCCUGUACUUAUAUAAUAUAUUAAAUUAAUAUUAUUUUAUUUAAUUAAUAUUAAAUUAAGUUCAACUCAAUAGACAGUAAAGACCUGGUUCAAAUGUCACACUCAUCACAUGCUGAAUCUAAUGCAAGUGACUUAACUCAUUGAUUGAGCUCCUUUGUGUUAGGUUUGGCACAUGAAAAGUUAGAUGUUUGAACUAAGAUCUUAUAGUCUGCUGUGUUUGCCCCAGUCAGUAAAAAGCUUAGUACUAUAUGUUUAACUGAAGAUCAGAAGAUGAGUUUGAAAACUCUGCUAAUAACUUGGCUUUCUUUGCCUUGGGUUUCAGGUUUGAAUCAUUUCACUGACUGGUGCAGUUAAUAUUUCAUGAACUCAAUUUUUUAUUUAUCAAUGCUAUUUUGCAUCAAACUCUAAUUUAGUUCUAAAUAAUGAGUGUUGAAUAAUAGAAUUUUUUUCACAAGCUUUGUUCAAGCUAAUGCAUACAUGAGUACUCUGAAUUUGUGCAAGACAAUAGUGUCCAUAACUUUUUCAUUUUUUGUUGCAAAAUUAAUUUUCAAUAAAAUUUGGCAGUUCAAAUGCAAAUGUCAACAGCUGUUUUCCCUGCAGGAACAAAACUAGGAAAGCUGAUGUUUGCAAAGCUGAUGUUUGUAGCAAGCUGUCCAAAAUUACUACUCUACUAUUAAAUCUAUUCAAUACUACCGUCAAAUUUAAUCUGCACAUGAUUUAACCGCACACUUCUCUAACUGCAGAAGUCUCGAUUCAAAUGCUUUCACAAUACAUUUUGGAUCAGUCAUACAAUUUAAGUCACAGUUAACACCAAUCGAAAAUUCCCCAGCAUAACUAUAUAGCCCAACUCCGAUGCCAACCAAAUUACGUUGAGGUGGUGCAAAGAAUAUCUGUUUGACCUUAUGACCAGAAACACUGAAGGGUUCCUGAGGUCCAGGGACAUUUGACAAUACACAUGAAUGUUUGUUGGCGAUCGGCACAUUCCAAAGAUUUGUAAUGCAUUCAGGUAUAUACUCAACUGAUGUGUUUCCACCAAUGGCAAUCACAAAUGCCUCGCCCGAAUGUUUUAUAUCAUCCAUGUUCAUCUUUGUUGCAUACAGAUUCUCAAUUGCGCCUCCCUUGCUAGCAGGCAACUUUAACGAGACAACUGCAAAAUUAUUUUCCACUUUUAAUGGCUGACCUCUUGGGCGAACAUCAACUGGUACAGUAACCGUAACAUCAGGGGGGUUGGAAACUCCUUGGGCCUUGAAAUAAUCAUGGAAGCUCAUCGAUACACAAGCCAUAAGAACAUCAUUUACUGUUGUACCAGUGUAGUUCUUAAUUUUCUUGACAGCUUGUAAACUGAUUGGCUUGCUCCAAGACAUUUUCUUAACCCCUUUCAACGGAGGGCCAUGAAUAAUCGAGCUGUCUGGCGAGGAAAUUAUUUUCUCAAUAAGGAUUCUGGCUCCAGACACUAGUGCAUUAAACAAAAACCACUUUCUAUUGACAGUUGAGAACUUAACAAGCUGGUUACUGGUCAACGGUUCGUCAGGGAACUGUUCUAAAAGGAAUCUUGUCAGGGCUACACCAUCGGCCAUACCAUGAUGCAGUCGGAGCAAUAGGAUUGCCUCAUUACCUUCGUAAGUUUUGGGGAUGAUAAGGAAUUGCCAGGCGGGUUUGUCAAACAUAAUAUCUUCUGCACUCACGGUCGACAUGAGCGUUUCCAUUUCCUCAUGGGACUUAGGCACCGGGCCUUCAUGGGCAUACACAUGUUCAUUGAUAUCAAAAUAAUCAUCCUCUUUCAGGAAAUAUUGAAACCUGCCACUAUGGAUGCAUUUUGUAAAACGAGGGAAGAGGAGUUGUCCAUUCUCGUUCUUCAUAGCAAUGCAUCGCAAGAUGAUGGCUUUGACACUAUCAACUAAAUGUUGAAUGUUUGAGCACUCUAGUACCAUAGCACUGUUGAUGAUCAGCCUGUUCUCUUUUGUGUCCUGCAGCCACAAUGCAUCCUGUCCGCUCAUGGCAACCCAGCCACAUUUGAAAUAAAACCAUUGUUUCUCAAUAAAUUUCAAGAUGUUAUAAACAAUAAGCACAGGGGAGAGAAUCAAUACGAGGUAGAAUAUGGCGAUUGCACAAACAAGACACUCGACUGGAUACGAAAUAAACUUCAAAUACCUUUUUGCAACACUUGAAAUUUUACGGGCAUCUAACUUCCUGGCCGAACGAUCCUGGCCGAGCACCUGGCCAUUUGCUGAGCCAUUUAAGGUCUGCGUUUGUUUAAGAUUUUCUACAUUUCCAACGAUAUUUUGCCUUCGAGUUACAACCAUUUUGCGACCAGAGAAUAAGCAAGAUUCGCUCCGAGAAUGAAGUCCAAACUGUGCAAUCGCCUGCAGUGUUUUGACUAUUUU